AUGGCAUCUUCAAGUGGAGAGUCUUCCCAUUCCAGUUCGGGUACGCGGUCUCGUGAGAGGCGAUAUGCAGCUCAGCAGACCGAACCCAUCGCUUCCGGAGAAUCGUCAAAAGCGAAGGUCACCUCGGCCUGUGACGCCUGCAAACGGAGGAAAGUCAAGUGUACGGGGACUCAGCCUUGCGACAGAUGUGUGCAGAGUGGUGUCACAUGCACCUUUGGCAGCUCGGCCGGACGAACUUCUGCCGUCUCCUACACGCGCCAUCUGGAAGAGAAGAUCGCCGAAUUGCAAGCCCUGUUGAGGCAACGACCGCCGCUGGAGAGUGACGAACAACGCGAUGAAGUUGAAGAGUCUAGGGAGACCGCCAGAGGGAACAUGCUCGAUGCGUUGACUGGGCCUGAGGAUGAUCAUAUCUUUGUAUCACAAGCUGAUGGUGCUGUCUCCUUCCAUGGCCGCCUCGCUGGGCUGAGCGUCCUUCGUACAGUCCGCGACCUCUGCACUCAGGUCUCUGGAACUACCGACAUGCCCUUUGAAUUCACCGGGCAAGCACUGGUGGAAUCUUUCGACACCAACCUUCUUGACCUCCCAAGUGCGAAUCGGAUGGCAACGUUCGCCUUGUUGCCCUCUCGAGAAAGAUUGCAGAAGAUCGUCGGCGUCGCACUCAACAACGUGCUGAACUGCAAGGAAUGUCUUGACCGGGAGCAGCUGAAGCAGCAAGUCACGCACCUUUAUGACCGCGAUCCGGACGACUAUACACAGGAGGACCGUCGUGCACUGGGCUUGAUCUACGCUCUCAUGGCUCUUGGCAGGAGGCACGAGCCUGUAGACGAAGACGAAGAGCUUAAUCAAGGCACGGAAAUGCUGGUACUUAAAGGCGUCACAUACUUUAGAGCGGCCAGAUCGAUCGUCGACAGAUGCGAAGUCCACGACCUCAACUCCAUCCGAACGCUCAUCGUCAUGACGAGCUACCUGAUCUCUUCAUCCAUGAUGUCCAUGGCCUACGGCUACAUCUGCGCCGGCGUCACCGCCGCCAUGAGAAUGGGCCUCCACGUCUCCAGCACCGCCAUGCGCGGCAAAUUCACCCAAGCCGAGCUCACCGAACGACGACAGGUCUUCGGCGUCCUCAACAUGAUGGACACCUACAUCUCCAGCAUCCUCGGCAUGCCCAACAUCCUCCGCGACGCCGACACCGACGCCGCCGUCCCCGCCCCGGAGGAAGAAAUGCACGACCUAGGCCGUGCCUGGUCCCUCGCGAACCCCCUCGACCCCGUCUCCGAAACCCUCCUCAACGCCAAACUCUUUCAAAUCCAAGCCAAGAUCCUGCAAGAACACUACCCGCCCUCCAAAUACGCCGUGAACCACGAGGGGAAAUUCUCCAUCCCAGACCUCAAAAUCAACGGCUUCGCCGCCGAACUCGACAGAUGGCACGCCGACCUCCCCGCCAUGUCGCCCUCGGGCGUCGUCGACGACCGCGCCCUGCGCUCCCAGCUCCUCCUGCGCUUCUGCUUCCACUCGGUGCAAGUCUCGCUGUACCGCCCCUUCCUGCACCACGUCGCGCGCGACCGCAACGACCCGAACUUCAACUACAAGGGCUACGAGUUCGGCUCCGCGUGCAUCAAGGCGUGCACGCAGGUCGUCUGGCUCAUCGACGCCAUCGACCGGCACGGCUUCCUGCACGAGGCGCAGUGGUUCAACACGUACCACCUCGCGUUCGCGGCGAGCUCGCUGAUGCUGUUCGUGUUGGCGAAUAGGGAUGGGCCGACGGUGGAGGAGAGCCAGAUUGCGGCGGGGAAGGCGAGGGAGUUGUUGGGGAAGCAGGCGAGGAGGAAUCUUGCGGCGAGGAGGUGUUAUGAGAGUUUGGCCAGGAUUCCGGGGACGGCGACGGGCGAGGAGAUGGGUGAAGGAGGGAGUAUGUCUCCUCGGACGAGGUUCAUGGUCGGGAUUGGGGCGUUGGAUCCGUUGGUCGAGAGGACGGGGAGGCCGUGA